AUGACAUGCAAUACGCGUGAAUCACACGUGAUAAUUCGUGUUCCGGCAGUGAUUAAAACUUUGGAACACGCAGUAAGACGCGAAAGUUUAGCGGGCUGUAACGGGCAGAGCACGGUCAUCGUACGCGUGUUUCGCGUUGACAAGGCAGUUAGUGAACAUUGGAAGCCUCAUCCUGACGUCUCCUCUAACACAACGCAGAAGAACAGAGUAUUAUGUUUUGGAGAGAAGAAUGAGAAGAAGGGUGGUCAAGGUUCAGUUGAGUCUAUUGAGUCCCAGAACAGGUUCUUGCCAUACUGGAAUUACUUGUAUUUGUGGGCUUGCAUGAUGCGUAAGCAUGAGUUGGCGGAAAUACUCUUGCGAAAGGUGGAGAAUCCGAUCGCCAUGGCUCUGAUAACAUAUAAUUUGUUGAAGGCUGUGGAACGACAAACAGACGACAAAGUGCUAAAGACUGAAAUACAGAAAUGCAUGAAAAAAUCAUCUGCUGUGGCGACGGGUAUUCUAAACGAAUGUGCCCAGAGAGUUGACACAAAAACGAAUCAGAUAUUAACUCUAGUGAUACCAGUUUGGCAGAAGACAUGUAUAGAAUUGGCUAUAGAAUCGAAACAUUUGGAGUUCCUUGACCAGCUAGCAGUUCGCAAUCUGUUUGGAACUGUUUGGAAUGGAAAACUCGAGGAUACAACUACGUUGAAGAUGGCUACUUCGAGUGAGAAAAAAGAGUACUUCUCGAAUGGAUGGAAUAUCAUUGAUAUGUGUACAAUCGCCAUGUUUUUUAUCGGAUUUGGACUGCGAUUCAAACACUUUCAAGACGCGUUGGAUUGGCCCAGAGUCGUGCUUGCUGUCGAUUUUGUAGCGUUCUUCUUCAGACUGAUCCACAUCUUCUCUGUUCAAAAUGUCCUUGGUCCCAAACUUAUUAUGAUUCAACAAAUGUUUCAGGACCUGGUGUAUUUCCUUGUUAUUUUGUUGGUGUUUUUAUUAUCGUACGCGAUUGCCUCGCACUCCAUCCUCUUCCCUGAUUCUCCAGUUACUUGGGAAACAUUUCGACAAAUAAUAAGAAAGCCUUACUGGCAUCUUUAUGGAGAACUGUUUCUAGAAGAUACGGAAGGUUUUGCGGAUUGCACAAGGGAUGUUAGUCUAUGGACAAAAGGAACAUUUCCGCGUUGUCCAAGCAAAACUGGGCAGAUUGUGGUUCCAAUCAUGAUGGGGAUUUAUAUGCUUUUCACCAAUAUACUACUUCUCAACCUUCUGAUUGCUAUGUUCAGUCACACAUUUACGGUUAUUCAUAAGCGAUCGGAAUCGCUGUGGUGUUAUCAGCGAUACUUCAUACUGAAGGAGUACGGAAUAAAACCUGUUAUAUGUCCUCCUCUAAACAUAUGUUGGCACAUAUACGAUCUUGUCCAACGCGUGUGCUGUCGACACGCGACUGUAGAAGAUCCUUUUCGAUUUGAAAACGACGAAAAACGCUCAAACAGUGCUAGAACAGAUGCUGUAAAGUCAACAAAUAUUGAGAUAAAUUACAACAUGCUUAAAUAUCAUUUCCCUGAUCUGCAAAAGAGGGUCAGAACUCUUGUUUGCAAGGUGUAUGGUGAUGUGGAUGCGAUCGUUGAGAAGACUUAUAGCGAUACCAAAGAUCCUGAAUUUGUAAGCCGGACAAUACAAAUGGUUCAAACGUUGCAAUCGCUAUGCAAAGUGGUAUCUUCAUUUAGCAAUACGUGUACCAACCAUCUCCUAGAGGAAUACUUUAAAACAGAAGAAUAUUUUGAUUUUGCGUUUCUCGGUUUAAAUUCAAAGACGACAAUGAAUACAAUUCAACAACAGAUAUGUGACAUUGAAACAAAGAUAGAUGUUUUGUAUAAUUUACCUCUUCACGUGUUACAAAGAAAUUCAUUCGAUAAAUACAUUGAGUCUAAAAAUAAAACCCAAUCUGAACUAAGCGACACGAAAAUAAAGACAAUAAAUAACAGGCGACCCGGGUUCAAUUUCCUUUCCCGGAAGCAAGUGAGUUUGAUUGGUGGUCACCAUAUCGGACAGACCGGAGACUCCGGCAUCUCCGGCUACCCACACAACACCCAGUAG